AUGUCUCACCACAGAACGAAGAAGUCAGCCCCUAAAACUGACAAAAUCAACUUUUUCGGCCACAAAAGCCAAUCAUCGCGAGCGGCCUCGCCACAAGACGCCCAAGAUGGCGACGGAGACUCAGACACAAGCCUCCCCGUGGCGGAGCAUGCUCAGGCCGACCACAUCACGAAAACCUUCUUGGCACAAGCCCUGGACUCAUUGUCUAACAAACUAAUAUCAUCCUGGCAACAAACAGCCGACACCUUGAAAAAAGAAAUACAGGAGAUGGGAACUCGCACAUCACAAAUAGAGGAGAAAAUGGGGGACUUUGCUUCCGCCCAUAACAACAUGGCAGAUCACGUCCAGCACCUGGAGGAAAAGGUAGAAAAGCUGGACGCACAGAUGGCUGAUGCUGAAGAUAGGGCGCGGAGGAACAACAUUAGGCUUCGAGGGGUACCGGAAUCAGUUCAGCAGGCGGACCUCCAAGCCUACGUACGAGGCCUGCUGAGGGCCUACGCACCAGACAUCCCGGCAGACAUGAUGUUAAUUGACCGGAUACACCGCAUCCCUAAACCGACAUACCUACCAGACUCCACACCGCGAGAUGUGCUGUUCCGGGCCCACUUCUUCCACAUUAAGGAACUGGUCCUCAAGGCGAGCCGCACGAGGGAGAAACCGCACGAAGACUACCCAGCGGUAAAGCUCUUCAAUGAUCUAUCUGCAGCAACGCUAAGGAAAAGAAGAACAUUCCAUCAGGUAGCAGAAGCUCUACGGCAACACAGAACCAAGUACCGCUGGGGCUACCCGACCAAAAUGCUGGUCCAACAUGGUGGAACACUCAGACCCAUUUCCACGCCGGAGGAGGGCAUCAAGCUCCUAAAAGAAUGGAACAUACCCAUCCCGUCAACUGAGCCACAUAGGCACCCGAUCAGGAAGACCACACAGGAGUGGAGCAAAGCCCGCAAGAGACUUAUAUAA